ACUCCCCCCCUACAAGCAGCAACUUCCCCGGUGUGUGAGUGGGGGCGGGACUGCGGUGUGCCCAGGGCGAGGUCGGACUGAGUCACAGAACAAGCCUUCCUCAGCUCGCUCCAACCCCUGAAACAAUCCCCAAAGUUUAUUUGUUAGCUUCCUCAAAGAGAAAACAAAAGGCAAAUAAUACCCAAAUACAUUCACAAUCAACUUUAACAUGGGCGCAGAUCGCCUCCGCUGUAUUCCUUUGAGCUGCAUUUGCGCCGUGUUUCUGCUUGUCGCCUCUCUCAUUUUGUUUCUCGUCCUCAGGAAGCAAAACCCCGGCCUCUUAUUGGAAGAGGAAGAAGUCGAAGGCUCCGUUCUGAAAGCUUCUGAUUCCAUUCUGUAUCACUCUGAAAGACCUGUGGCUCAUCUUACUGGAACAAAAUUGAGUGAUGGGCCUCGCCAAUAUAUGGAAUGGGAAACGGAAGAGGGGCUGGCAUUCGUUAAAAAUGGAUUCAUUUAUCGAAAUGGCAGUUUAAUUGUACCUGUCUCUGGACGGUACUUUGUGUACUCUCAGGUUUACUUACGUGACAAAAACUGUUUGGAGAGCAAUGAACUCAUCACACAUACAGUCAACAAAAAGACACAAAUCGAUUCAGCUCCUACGACACUAAUCAGCAAGCGAAUCCAGUGUCGACCGAAUAUGGAUCACUUAUGGUUUCAAACAAACUAUGUAGGAGGCACAUUUGCAUUGAACAAGGGUGAUGAACUGUUUGCCCAUAUUUCUGAUUUGACAUUACUAGGUUUUGAAGAAAAUAAAACAUUCUUCGGAGCACUGUUACUAUAAAACGAGACACAUUAAUAGGACUAUGACAAUACAAAGGAAAACAUUUUUAUUAUUCAGAAGCAUUAAACAGUGUUCUACAAGUUGUGCGAUUGAAAUUAUUACUGGUACAAUUUAUUGUAUAUUCUAAUAUGUUUAUACCAUUUCAAAUAAGUUCUAUUCCUGUAUGGUGUCUUGGCGAUUGCCUGUUAAUAUGUGGUGGACUGAAGCAUUCAAAAUGCCAUGGCGAAGAGGGUGCUGAACCAAAAUCCCUAUUAUAAUUAAUAUAUGAAAAGCAAACUGGAAGAAUGUGCUCAUAUUUACAACAUACUUGAAUUUGAAUUGAAAGUGACUUGGUAAUACUCCAUUAGGCAACCACACUGAAAUGAAAUUGAAUUAUUUUGAACCAAUAAAAAAGUGUUGUAUUGCA